GACGGCUUUGCCUUUUUUUGCCCCUUCCGCUCCUAGUUUCCUCUCCGACCCAAGGUUUUCCUCUGCUUCGCCACGGUUUCCGCCCGCGCUAGAGAACCCGCCAAGGCUUGGACCCAACUUGGACUCUUGUCAACACCAACUAUCUCACCACUUCCCACCAACUUAUUGGUAGCCGGACACCACACGAACACCCUACUCUUGGCUUGCUGCGAUGGUGGGUCAACCACGGUUUGUGUUAUCAGGGUAGAGGAUGCCGUCUUUGCCGGUCGGAGCGAUGGUGUAUAUAUAUACGGCGGGGUAUUCCCUCUUCGUCAUUUCUUCCAAGACAAAGAGCUGAAAUAUUCUCAAACAUCUAUGUAAACACAUAGCAUACAUUCCCUUCUCUAUUCCCUCGACUAGGAAUAGUAUCCCAACUACAUCCUGAACAUAACAAAUUACGAAAGUAAUACAACAACACACUUUCAAGAUGGCACCCAAGAAAUCCAGUCACAUUAAGACGGAUCGCCAUCCGUUCUUGCUUACAGUUGAAGAGACUGCCAGGCAAUUGAACACCAAUAUCGAAACUGGAUUGACAGCUAGUCAGGUAGCUGAGAUCCAGAAAACCCACCCAUCCAAUGAGCUUAACACUGGAGGUGGUACCCCGUGGUACAAAAUACUCGGAAAACAAAUUUCCAAUGCCAUGAUUCUGGUUCUUGUCUUUGCAAUGGGUCUUAGUUAUGGAGUUGGGGACUUUGUUGAAGGUGGCGUACUUACCGCAGUCAUUGUCCUCAACGUAUCUAUUGGGUUCUUUCAGGAAUUCAAGGCGGAGAAGAAGAUGGACUCCUUGAGAGCACUUUCCUCGCCUAGUGCUUCUGUUCUACGAGACAACAAGGUUGAAGUUAUUCCCAGUGCCGAAGUCGUACCCGGAGACAUCAUCAUUAUCAAGACAGGUGACACAGUCCCCGCGGACUUGCGCAUGUUUGAAACUAUGAACCUCUAUUGCGAUGAGAAGUCUCUCACUGGAGAAUCCGAACCCGUUGAGAAACAAGUCGAAGCCGAUAUCCUCAUACCCAAUACCGAUGAGGUGGCUACCUCGGAAUCAGACGUAUCUGUUGCCGAUCGUGUCAACGUAUGCUACUCUACAACACCUGUCACCAAAGGUCGUGGUCGAGGUAUCGCAUAUGGAACCGGUAUGAAUACAGAGGUCGGUAAAAUCGCCGAGUCAACCACAAAGAAACCCCGCAAAGAAGGACGCUCGAUGAACUUCAAGAAGCAUGGCCCUCUCCAAACAAUCAAAGGUCUUACUCUCAGAACCUACGAUGGAGUUGGAAAGUUCUUGGGUCUCACCGAAGGAACACCCCUCCAGCGCAAACUCUCGAAGCUCGCUUACCUCCUGUUUGGAUGCGCCAUCCUCCUCGCUAUUGUCGUCUUCGCUGUCAACAAGUUCAAGGUCACUGACGAGGUCGCUAUAUAUGCUAUCUCCACCGGAAUUGCCAUCAUUCCCGAAUCUCUGAUUGCUGUCUUGACAAUUACCAUGGUUGUUGGAAUGACAGUCAUGCGGAAGGCAAACGUUGUCAUUCGAGAUCUUUCUGCAUUAGAGGCUCUUGGCGGUAUCACCAAUAUUUGUUCUGACAAGACCGGUACUCUCACCCAAGGUGCUAUGAUUGUCAAGAAAGUUUGGCUGCCCAAGAUCGGAGUCUACACCGUCAACAACUCCAUGGACCCCAACGACCCAACUCAAGGAGAGGUUGUCAUUGGCUCCGAAACCAUCUCACCCGCUUCGACACCAGAUGAGAAGCAGGAUUUCGAUCAUCAACGUAGUGCUGCUGCUCUCAAAUUCGAUGUCCCAGCCGAAAAGUUGGCCAAAGAUCAGCAGAAGACCGAAAGAGAUACCGAUGAAGAGCCAGCAACCAUGACCGCUGAUCUCGAAGCUUUCCUCCGACCCACUGCACUCUGUAACCUCGCCACCGUCAAGAAAGAGGAGGUUGAGGGUGAGAAGGCCAAGCAAUGGAACACCAGCGGUGAGCCAACUGAGAUUGCCCUUCAAGUGUUUGCCCAUAGAUUCGACUACGGCAAGAAAGGACUCGAAGCAAAGGGAUGGAAACAAAUCGCCGAGUACCCAUUCGACAGCACCAUCAAGCGUAUGUCAGUCGUCUACAAGAAUCCAGAUGAGGAGCAAUGGGUCGUCUACAGCAAAGGCGCCGUUGAGCGAGUCCUCGAUCUCUGUAGUUCUAUCGGCACCGGUGACAGGAAUGAGCCUAUGACCGACGCUUUGAAGGACACCGUUCUGGCUCAGAUGGAUCACUUCGCCAGACAGGGCCAACGUGUUCUGGCUGUGGCUUCGAAAGUCUGGCCUGGAGAAUUCAUUAUUGAACAGAAGGACGGAAAGCAUGGAAGUAACGUUGACGAGCUUCGACCUCAGGUCGAAGAAGAUCUCACUCUCGUUGGUCUUGUUGGAAUCUAUGAUCCUCCUCGUGAUGAGACCAAAGACGCUAUUCGAGAGUGUUCCGAGGCUGGAAUCAAAGUUCACAUGCUUACUGGAGACCAUCCAGCAACUGCUGAAGCCAUCGCCAAGGAAAUCGGAAUCAUCCCACGCAACAUCAAUGUUCUUCCCAAGGACGUCGCUGAAUCCAUCGUCUUCAAAGCAACCGACUUCGACAAGUUGUCUAACGCUGAGAUUGAUGCACUCCCCGAACUACCUCUCGUCAUUGCACGUUGCGCACCAGAUACUAAGACACGCAUGAUCGAGGCUCUACGUCGCCGUGGUCUCUACAUGGCUAUGACUGGAGACGGUGUCAACGAUGCUCCGUCUCUGUCAUCCGCAGACGUUGGUAUUGCGAUGGGUCUUGCAGGCUCGGAUGUCGCCAAAGGUGCCGCUAAGAUCGUUCUUACAGACGACAAGUUCAACAGUAUUGUAUCAGCUAUCCGCGAAGGUCGCCGCAUGUUCGACAACAUCCAGAAAUUCGUUCUACAUCUCUUGACAUCCAAUGUCGGUGAGGUGAUCCUUUUGAUCGCCGGUCUCGGAUUCCAGGAUUCUUCUGGACAAUCAGUGUUCCCUCUCUCGCCACUUCAAAUCCUCUGGGUCAACAUGCUGACCUCCUCAUUCCCUGCCUUCGGUCUCGGUCGUGAGAAGCCAUCCUCCGAGAUCAUGCAACGCCCACCUCACAAGAUCAAGUGGGGAGUAUUCACCCCUCAAAUCAUGGUCGACAUGGUCGUCUACGGAAUCAUCAUGGGAACCUGCACAAUCCUCACCUUCGUAAUCAUCAUCUACGGCGCCUAUGGCGGCGACCUCGGCCACGAAUGCAACGCACGAUACAACAACCACCCCGAAACAUCCUGCGACCCCGUCUUCCGCGCUCGUGCAGCUGUCUUCGCAGAACUCACUUGGCUGAUCCUCAUCUCGGCCUGGGAAUUCAAGUCCCUCCGCCGCAGCAUGUUCCGCCUCGAUCCCACAACCAACAGCCGCUUCCCAUUUUUCAAGGACGUCUACGAGAACAAGUUCCUCUUCUGGUCUGUCCUGAUCGGCGCCGUGUCCGUCUUCCCCGCCGUCUAUAUCCCCUACCUCAACACCCGCGUCUUCAAACACACCGGCAUCACGUGGGAAUGGGCUCUCUCCUUCGGCUCGAUCUUCGUCUUCGUGCUGGGUAUUGAAGGCUGGAAGGCUAUCAAGCGAUCUUUCAGACUCUUUGAGGCUGGUAGUGAUGAUGAUAUGGAACAUCGCCGUUCGCGCAAGCUGGGUCUUAGACAGGGAUUCUUCACUAUGGCGAAGAGUCAGGCGAGCAGUAUUCGCAGUCUUAGCAGACGCCCUACGAGCAGGAGUGGUGAUAGUAUGAGUGGAAAUGAGAAGAUGUCUGCGAGGUCUAUGAAGCAGGGAUCGCAGCCGCCGGUUGGUGAUGAGCGGGUUUGAGUGCCAUUUGUCUUUUUCUUGUCGUGUUUCUUCAUGAUUCCCCCUCAUGCGCUUGGGUUCGAUGUAACUUUUUGGUGGUAUACUGGAAGUAUAUUGAUAGAAAUUAAAGAAGUAAUGAUCAAAGUCUCAA